AUGGAACUGUACGCCGAGUGGCUUCUUGAGAUUGCGGCUCCUGAAGCUCUGAUUUAUACCUUUCUCAAGGCUUGUCAAAUCUGGUUUUGCAAGACAAAGAGUCGAGACUUGCUUGAGCAGUCUUGUGAGGUCACCAUGCGCACGCUGUACCAACUUGAGGACGGGCCGGAAAAGUUGAACUUGCAGGCCUGUACUCUCAGCACUCAGGCUAAGCUCGCUGAUAUUAUUGGGGAUCAUACCAAAGCAAUCGAGCUCAUCAAGGUGGCCUGUGCAAUCCGGAUGCAGGAAACGCCGCUUAAGAAGGCACAGGUAUACGGCACUGUGUGCAAAGUGGGGCAUUAUCAUUACAAAGCAUGCCAGUACGAGGAGUCUGAGAGAUGGUACGAGCUGUCCGGAGCAUGGUGGCAGUCGUUGAUAGAAGAUGGGGACGAACCUCGCGGUCGCUUGGCUCCGCACCUCGUGAUGUAUGGCUACUGUUUGUUGCGUCUCCGCCAGUUCAACAAAGCGCAGGAAUUGUUCCUGAACCUGAUACCUCAAUUGGCAUCCGAGGGACCCUCCGGCUGUAAUAUGUUGGCCCUGGGAUGGGUUGGAUUGGCGGCAGCGGAAAUCCACCAGCAAGACUAUGAUGCCGCCGAGAUUCAUUACAUUGAGGCCGAAAGUGCCUUUUUCGAAAAACUGUUCGCGGCCGAUAUUUCCAGCUCGGAAAAAAAUGUUGCUGAAACCGGCAUCAAACUCGUUCGCCGUCGUUUGGAGAUCACGAGGGCACAGCGGGCUGCCCAACACAUUGACGCCUUGUCUGAGAUCGCUGAGGCUGUUUCGCAGCUUGAUCUUGCAGAUUGCGAGGUUGGAGAACGAAUGCUUCGGGAGACGACUGAAGGCUCCUUUGAUGUUGAGGAAUCAAAUGCCUGGUAA